GAUUUAGUGUUACGAUGUUUCAAAGGAGAUAUCUGGCAACUAUGCUGAGAACUGUCAUUUGUCAAAAAAAGUUGGUACUUGGUAGUUGUGGAGUGCCGAAAGAUAGGAUUUGUAAUUACAUCUUUUGGACCAAAAGAAACACAUUAUCCAAAAUGGCAUUCCGUGGCGUGUUGAGGAUGGGAGUGAGAAAGUUGCAAGUCCGCAACUUCGCUGAUGCUGCUCCUAAAGGCGAUGAGAUGGCACUCACCUUUGCAGCUGGUAACAAGGUUUUCUAUGACAAGCAAGUUGUGAGACAAAUUGAUGUGCCAUCAUUCAGCGGAGCUUUCGGUAUCCUGCCAAAACAUGUACCAACACUGGCCGUCUUACGUCCAGGAGUCGUCACUGUAGUAGAAAACGAUGGCAAGCAAAGCAAGAUCUUUGUCUCGUCUGGAACCGUUACUGUAAAUGAUGAUUCCUCUGUACAGGUGUUGGCUGAAGAGGCACACCCCUUGGAAAACAUUGAUCGCAGCGCAGCGCAGGAGGCCCUCAGCAAAGCACAAUCUGAACUGAGCUCUGCCUCCAACGAGAAGGCCAAGGCCGAAGCUGCUAUCGCCGUUGAAGUUGCCGAAGAGAUCGUGAAAGCUGCAUCUGGAUAAAUUCAUUAAAUUAUUUCUGUGGAUAAAGAUUAGUCAUAUAACACCAUAAUAUAAACAUUCGCGUAUCAAAUAAAUACACCUUUUCGGUUGACAAUGA